AUACAGUUGCUUAUGUGGCCCUUCUCAGUCAAGCAUUCCUCGCCUUUCUCCGCUCAGGUGAACAGCAGCAUGUUUGUUUCGCCGGUCCCUCCUCCUCCUCCUGCUCCUCCGUCAUGCUGCUUUGCCCCCCAUCCCCCUCCCAUUGGCUGGCAGCCGUCUAAACAGCUCCAGCUGCAAUCACCGCCGCCGCUGCUGCUGCAACGAGCUGCCGGCUAUUUGAUCACCCCCAUCCCGCACAGCCUCUGCCUUCGCCGGUCUGCAAGCUCACGGACCUCUGCCAACACAUCCAUUAUGACGGGCGUCGCGGCUGCUUCCUUCUUCUCCAACGUUUGCCGGUUUGGCGGUUGCGGGCUGCAUUUCGAGUCCCUGGGCGAGCUCAUCGUUCACAUCGAAGAUAACCACAUCGACACAGAUCCCAGAGUUCUGGAGAGGCAGGAGCUGCAGCAGCCCACAUAUGUUGCUUUGAGCUACAUUAAUAGGUUCAUGACUGAAGCAGCACGCAGAGAGCAAGAAACUCAGAAAAAGAAGGUCCAACCCAAAAUUGCCAUAUCAGUCACCGGAGGUGUAUCGCGUAACAGUACGGCCACGCCUCCUCGGCAUAGCAACGGCAGCUUAACUCCACCCGUCACCCCUCCCAUCACGCCAUCAUCCUCCUUCCGCAGCAGCACACCCACAGGCAGUGAGUGUGAUGAGGAGGAAGUGGAGUAUGAAGACUCUGACAGUGACGAGUCCUGGACUACAGAAAGUGCCAUCAGCUCAGAGUCCAUCCUCAGCUCCAUGUGCAUGAAUGGUGGCGAUGAGAAACCCUUCGCAUGCCCUGUUCCAGGAUGCAAGAAAAGAUACAAGAAUGUGAAUGGUAUUAAGUACCAUGCUAAAAAUGGGCACAGGACGCAGAUCCGUGUGAGAAAACCCUUCAAGUGUCGCUGUGGGAAAAGCUAUAAAACCUCUCAAGGCCUUAGACAUCACACCAUCAACUUCCACCCACCCCUGUGAUACGCACACUAUCAUUUUCAAGUUUACCUAAUCAUCCUUUCAUUUACAUUUCUGGAUCAUAUGUAAACUGGGAUCAAACUGACUUACUUUCUUUUUGUUCUUUUUUCCCUCUUUUUGUGUGUGAUUUUAUAUAUACAUGUAGAUAUAUUUGUACAUUUGCACAUUCCAUGUAUAUCAUUUCUUUACUGCUUAAGAUAUACUUUUUUUCUUUCUUUCAUUAAAGUGACAGAGUCACUGACAGUUGAUUAGGACACGACAUAAACAUUUGUUUCUGAUUUUAAAGUCUAUUCAGAGAAAAAAUGGUUUAAAAUCAGAAAAUAUAAUUUCUCUUUCUUCAUGAAGCCUACUUGAAGUGAAAACUACAGUAGGUACGUUGAAACGUGUACAUACGAAAUUAUAUAAAGACACAUUUAUAUAUAUAAGUAGCUAAGUUGUAUUAUCCAAACAUUUUAUUUUCCAUGAUAUAUUUUGCAGAACAUUUAUAUUAUGUUUUAUACAAGAACUUUAUCUCAUCUUUUUUUCAAAUUGCAUUUCAUAUUUUUAUUUGCUUUAUAGAGAAGCAGUCUUUUUUUAUUGUCUAAAUUGGAAGGACAUUGAUCUCAGGUCACAAUACAGCUGCCAACUUUCAGACAAACAAACCAGGAAACAGGAAAAACUCACUUCCACUCACUUUGUUCCAGAACAUUCCACACAGAAUAUCAAAAUUACCUUUCCAGAUUUCUUUUGCAUGCGGCUGGCAUGCAGGCAGCACCUUCGGUGGGAAAUUGAAUUCUUUGCAUGUGGCCUUCUCCAGACGACUGCAAGCGGUUACAUGAUGUAGACAUGGUUUCUGUCUAGUUGCAUUUGAGUUCUGAGGAGUAUUUCACAUAACGGUCUCUAAAUGAAAACACACUAUUGUCAAAGCCAACAUCAGCUCACAGAAAGACAAAGAAGAGCAGAUUUAUUCUGCUCUGUUACCCUGCUGUUAUGCCAGCAGUGCAGAAGUGCCAAGUUAUUCUUCCCCAACUGAAAAAAGAAAUAUGGAUGAUCUGCCAAACACUCAACGGGUCACAUCUGGCUAUCCGUUUGGUGCCUGUUAGCGGAGGAGCCUUAAAGAGGACCUAAACUUUUCUUUGUGUACUCAGCCUUGCAGUAUUUUUUAGCUCGUACGAUUUAUUUCGGUCGUUGCUGUUGUUUAUUUUUGAUAUGUUUGGGACUGUCCUCGUGGUUGUGUUUGUGUAAACGUAUUUGUUAGCCCUCUGCUUGCCUUGUAUCGUAGGCUAUGGCUUGCUAGCAUGACACGACCGCUUAGCUGCUCUGCUGUCUCUUUGGCUUGUAGUCUGUUACAAUCUUCGUUGUCAAAAGUAUUAUAUUAUUACUUUAUAUUGUUACUGCUAGUGUUACAGUUCAAUAGUGCCAGAUGCAUAGCUAGGCCUGAAUAUAUUUUUUCUCAACUUUGAUUCUUGAACGAUUUCGCAUCGGUCCUGUUGUCGGCCAAAUAAAGCAUACCACGGUUUACAAAAGUAAAAUUUCUUCAACUUUUGGUGCAAAGAAGGACCAAGUAAGCUUUCCUAUCCACAAGUCUGUUUUUCUCGGUUAGGGUCGGUCAAAAAAAAACAACGUGGACCAAAAAUGGCACUGCCAAAUCUCCAGAUAUGAAGCUUGGAAAAACAAGGUGCUGUUCACGGUACAAUGAUGGUAUCAGAUUGUGUACUUUGAAAUGUAUACCAUAGCAUUUGUAUGGUAUUGUACGGAACAUGUCCAAAAACAUGCCACUUUUUUGUUUUAGGACACAGAAAUUCGAUAUGGACAAAAGGGUCUGUAUUUAAACGCAAGUAUCUUGUACUGUCACUGAUUUCUUGGAAAAAGAGGCUUAGAGUUGAACGAAUGGAUAGCUACUAUAAUUUCGAUGCCAAAAACUGGAGCUACAGAAUGAAUAAGUAUUGUGAGUGACUCAUUGUAGAUGACUCACUGUCCUGUUAUUUUCCAAUUCAUCCGGUGUCAUGUUUGUUUGUAUGUGUGUAUUUUUGGACGCUGUACCAGUUACCACAUUUGUACCUCUCUUUGGCUACAGAGUCAUUUGGUCUCAGCUUUGACACGCAAACUAGAACCUGUUAAACAUGAUUUCAUUGGAUAGGAUCCGUGUGAUUCCUCACACCUGCAAUGUAGUAAUGUGACUGAGAUGCAUUUAUUUUGGAGGGAGUUUGAUAUACUAUAUAGUGAAUGUAUCGUAUUGCAAGUCUUUUGUAAAGUGCUUUUGAAAUUAUAUUUUCGUACUGUAUGUUUUUGUGGAAAACGUUUUGUGGAACCGAGGCAAUUUGUAUGCGAGACGAAGUGUAAUGUGUGUGUGUGUUUGUGCGAGUGAAUGAGAGACUCUUGAGACGUCUUUAUCCUCAAGCUGCAAUGUAAACUUUAGGACAAUGGUACAAAAAUAAAAAAAAGCAAACCAGAGUGUGGACCGUUUCUGUGUUUUAUUGUGCUGAUGUAAUAAUGAUUUGCUGAUACAAGCACAAAUGUUCAGUUGAUGAACUUGAGCAGUAGCAUUCUUUAUUAAUAAA